GACUGCGGCGUCCACAGGGCGAGGCGGUGACGUGAGUUCGGCGCACCUGGGUCGGGCAGGUAAGGGCCGGUGCGGGACGGGGAGCGGAGCUCCAAGACUCUACCUGCGCAAAGCCAGGUGUUGCUUACCCGACCGGUGAAGAAGAGCGGUGGCGACGGGUGAUCUUAACUGGGGACGUGGUUCGGAGGGACGUCCACUUCUGGUCGCCGGAUUGAGAAAAGAGUCUUUGGCUGGCCCAGAGCAAGGAGAGCUGACUUGAGACCCAGCUCUUCGGAUCCCCGUGGAUACACUGCUUGCUCAUCUCUAUCAUGGCCCUCCACCCCCGCAGAGUUCGGCUGAAGCCCUGGCUGGUGGCCCAGGUGGAUAGUGGCCUGUACCCUGGGCUCAUCUGGCUACACAGGGACUCCAAACGCUUCCAGAUUCCCUGGAAACAUGCUACCCGGCAUAGCCCCCAACAAGAGGAGGAAAAUACCAUUUUCAAGGCCUGGGCUGUGGAGACAGGGAAGUACCAGGAAGGGGUGGAUGACCCUGACCCAGCUAAAUGGAAGGCGCAGCUCCGCUGUGCUCUCAACAAGAGCAGGGAAUUCAACCUGAUGUACGAUGGCACCAAGGAAGUACCCAUGAACCCGGUGAAGAUCUACCAAGUGUGUGACAUCCCGCAGCCUCAGGGAUCAAUCAUUAACCCAGGAUCCACUGGAUCUGCUCCUUGGGAUGAGAAGGAUAAUGAUGUAGAUGAAGAAGAUGAGGAAGAUGAGCUUGAUCAGUCACAGCACCAUGUUCCCAUCCAGGACACCUUCCCCUUCCUGAACAUCAAUGGUUCUCCCAUGGCACCAGCCAGUGUGGGCAACUGCAGCCCUGAAGCAGUGUGGCCCAAAACUGAACCUCUGGAAAUAGAUGUACCCCAGGCACCUAUACAGCCCUUCUAUAGCUCUCCAGAGCUGUGGAUCAGCUCUCUCCCAAUGACUGACCUGGACAUCAAGUUUCAGUACCGUGGGAAGGAAUAUGGGCAGACCAUGACCGUGAGCAACCCCCAGGGCUGCCGGCUCUUCUAUGGGGACCUGGGUCCCAUGCCUGACCAAGAGGAGCUCUUUGGUCCUGUCAGCCUGGAACAGGUCAAGUUCCCAGGUCCAGAGCAUAUCACCAAUGAGAAGCAGAAGCUGUUCACCAGUAAGCUGCUAGACGUCAUGGACAGAGGACUGAUCCUGGAGGUCAGCGGUCAUGCCAUUUAUGCCAUCAGGCUGUGCCAGUGUAAGGUGUACUGGUCUGGGCCAUGUGCCCCAUCACUUGUUGCCCCCAACCUGAUUGAGAGACAAAAGAAGGUCAAACUAUUUUGCCUGGAAACGUUCCUUAGUGAUCUCAUUGCCCACCAGAAAGGACAGAUAGAGAAGCAGCCACCAUUUGAGAUCUACUUAUGCUUUGGGGAAGAAUGGCCAGAUGGGAAACCCCUGGAAAGAAAACUCAUCUUGGUUCAGGUCAUUCCAGUGGUAGCUCGGAUGAUCUACGAGAUGUUUUCUGGUGAUUUUACGCGGUCCUUUGACAGUGGCAGUGUCCGCCUGCAGAUCUCAACUCCAGACAUCAAAGAUAACAUCGUUGCUCAACUGAAGCAGCUGUACCGCAUCCUCCAAACCCAGGAAAGCUGGCAGCCCAUGCAGCCCACCCCCAGCAUGCAACUACCCCCUGCCCUGCCAGCCCAGUAAUCAUGAAUGCCAUCUUUUUUACAAAUUGUACAUAUUGGUAUUUUUUAUUACUCAGAUUUAACCAGCUUUUAAACUUCUUCUUUCUGUUAGUGGCCUCCAAUUCUCCACAUAUGCCUGGCUUUUAAAGUUGAUUUAAUUUAUGGAAAAAUCACCCUUCUUAUUCCCCCUUUCUUUUUUAAACCUCGCAGUGUUAGUAUAAUGUAGUAGAGGGCCUGGGACUUUGGACAGCAGCGUUCUAGCUGCAGCUUUGCUUCAGUGGUGUGACUUUGAACCACCAAGUCAUUUAACCUCUAGGCUUCAGAUUCAUUAAUGUAAAAUGAAGGGGUGGGAAUAAUGCCUGAAAUAAUGCCAAUGAAAACUCUGACCUGAUGACUUCAUUCUACUUGUACAAGGCAGAACUGCCUGGAACAGAACCCUUCUGCAUUGUUCUUGCACCACAUUUUUUUCUUGCUUUCAUUAAAGUUCCCUCAAGCACUGAUUUGUCCAAGAUUGAUCUCCGUUUGACCUGUUCUGCUAGUAUAGUAAGCUGGCUCCCUAACGGGGUAAGUGAGAGGGAGGGGAGCUGGCUGGUUGCUUAGGAACCAAGCUUGAUAUCUAAAUAGAAAUAGGUGCCAAAGUCUGAAAAUCACCUGGUCUGUGGAGUAAAAGCUCAUAAACUGGACUCCUUAAGGGAAUCUGUCAACAGAAGGCCUAGGGAUUCUGCACAGUUUGUUGUCAGGUGUUUACCUUGCCACCACUCAAAUAACACUGUAUGUGUGGUAGAUGAGAGUAUGACUCAGUGGUACCUUUCAGAGAGGAUAGAGCUCUUUUUCUAAUUCUUUGAGGAAGAGCUGAGCAUCUAGGACAAACUCCUGACUAAAAAAGCAACAGUUCCUUCUUGUUUAGAAACUUUUACAGUCUUACUAUCAUUUGGAUUUUUUGCAUUUGAAAAAAUGGGGGUGUUCAGGGUGAAGGAGAAUGGGGCAGUGCUCUUCUGUAAAAGGCUCAUCUGGCCCAAACCUGCUUGUCUCCCUUCUUGUGGAGGUAGCUGGGUGUGGACUACUCAGGUGAAGAGUGGUGUAGAACAUUGUAGCUAUGGCUUCCACAAACUGGUCUUAUCUAUAAACUUUUGCUGAUCUUUUUGCCCUACCCCCAACCUUAAAAAAAAAAAAAAGUAUAAUUUAAACUCCAAGACCUAAAUGGAAAGCAAGAUGUUAAUCUCUGAUUGCAGGCCCCUAAUGCUCUUGAAUACUGAUGCCUCUCUGUGCCAGGCUGUUAUAAGAAAACCCAUGUCUAGUGUGCUACCCUUAAACUAGGCCAUCCCCUACUUGCUACUGAAGUUGAGCUAGCCAAAAAGUCAGGUAGCUUCGAAAGCUAUAAGCUCAGUUCAGUUACAGGUGGCAGUGGGACUUACUUAGAAUGCUGAAGCUGUGGUUUUAGGGUCUCUAAGGGACGUAAUGGGAUCUGCUGUUUAACUAAAGUAUGACCAAGAGAAAUCUGAGUAAAUGUCAGGUGUAGCUAUGAGCAGAAGUUGGGCUUCUAGAGACCAGGAAACACGCAAGGUAUAGAAACUUUGUAUUUUUUGGUCAUUUUGUUGAGUGGGUAAUGUGAAGGAUUUGGUUUUGGUGUCUGGCUAACUCUGUAACUGCACAGCUCAAAGUUAAAAAGAACCCACUGUUAGGUAAAUUGGGAGGACAACUGCUAGAUCUGGGUAGUCCUUUUCCCUCAUGCUGUGUGAGGCUAAUAGCCAGGCUCUCCAUCUGGAUGGGGACCCAGAUAAUAUGAGCUGGCAAAAGGUGAUGAAGAUUGUUCUGAAGGGCCGAGAAGGAUCAAACUUGUUGUAUGUGACUGUAAUGAAAAGUUUACAAAGAUGCCAGAGGAGUGGAUGAGUGGUUUUAUGUAGUCUUAACCAGAGAGCCCAGUUUCUUCCAUGUUUUUUUUAUCGUUUUCAGAAUCCUGGGAGAGGAGCGCUUGGGUGGUUCAGUUGAUUAAGUGUUGGACUCUUGAUUUCAGCUCAGGUCAUGACCUCAGGGUCAUGACAUUGAGCCCCACAUUGGGCUCCACGCUCAGUGGGGAGUCUGCUUGAGAUUCUCUUUUUCCUUCUUCCUCUGCCCACUCCCCACCUGACCUCCCCCACUCACUUGCUCGCUCUCUCUUUCAAAUAGUAAUACAUCUUUAAAAAAAGAAAGCUGGGUGAAUGCAUGCAGGGCUGUUCACUGAUCUCCCUCAGUGUUCCUUCUCUGGUCCUGAUGGAUAGAUAGAUACCAGGUGCCCUUUCUUUCUUGGAGACUGUUACUUCCUUUGGUGGCUACACCACACACUCUCUUGGCGUGGUCUACUUUCUUGCCUCCACCUUGUUUAAGAGAGGAAGGGGAAUUAGAUGGUGUCACUAGCUCUUCUUUUUGUUCUCUGUCCACCCCGCCAAACUGGAUUAGCUCAAAGUUAAACGAAACAAAACACUAUAGGUAAAUUGGGAGGGCAAGUGUUGGGUCUGGGCUUAUUCCUUCCCCAUAUAAUUAGGUCUCCGGUUACAUGUAUAUGUUCCCCUAUCAUCCUAGACUUCUUUUUUCAAAAUAAUCAAUUCCCUGUAAUUGCUCAGCAUCUGUGUCCUAUGUGACUACAAACUCUCUGAAGGUAGGGACUGUUUGUCUUGGACUCCGUUGCCAGUGUCUGGUACAUACUAUGUUCUCAAAUAGAACUGAUCCUUGAACAACACAGGUCUGAACUGCACAGGCCCACUUGUACUCAGAUUGUUUUUUGAUAAGCAUAGUACAGUAUGAUAAAUGUAUUUUCUGAUUUUUUUUAGCAUUUUUUUCCUCUAGAUUACUUUAUUGUAAGAAUACAGUAUAUAAUGUUGCUGUAAACAAAAAUGUGUUCACUGUUUAUAUUAUUGGAAAGGCUUCUGGCCAAUAGAAGGCUAUUAGUAAAGUUUUGGGGGAGUUAAAAGUUAUAUUCGGGGUUUCUACUGUGUGGGUCACCUCCUACCACCUGCGUUGUUCAAGGGUCAACUGUAUUUGUUGUUAGAAUAAAUGAAUGAACUAAAUAAGUCUUUCAUUUUACAGAUUUAUUGCUAACGACCAUGGGACAAUAAAAUAAAUACUGGGAAGGAAAAUAUCCUAAAAUUAGUUUCUC